CGCGAUUUGACACUUGACCCUUGACGUUGGCCCGUGCGAUUCGCCAUGAAGUCGCGAUCUCAAGCGAUCUAGGAAAGCCGCAACUUGAAUCCUUUCUUAGUCCGCCUUUCAACUCGUCGUCGUCACUGUUAGUCGCGUCUCUUCUAUUUUGUGUUUUUCUCUUUAAAAUAUAUACAUAUUAUCAAUCGAUUCGGCAAUGAAUGAUUGAAUUUGGAUUGAAAGAAAUGAAUAUCAAGAAGAACCAGAUAAAUUAGUGAUUAAGAAAUGUUUCUCAAGGCCGAAAGGAUUAUGCUUUACAUGAGGAAAUUUCUUAAAAUGAAUGUUAUCAUUUAAUGGAUCGAUUAUGCUAAAAUAUCCAGAAGAAAUAUUAAACGAAUCGGUAAACCGGAAACAAAUGAUAACAGCCUAGAAAGGAAGAAAGAAUACAAGAAUGAAUUCUACGGAAGAGGUCGAAUUGCCGAUCGAUAUGAGAUUCAACGAGGGUCAUAUAGUCAGCAUCGUCACAUAUAGCGUUUUAAUGGGAAUUUCAGCAAUUGGGAAUAUUACUGUCCUUUUUUUGAUCUUACGACGUCGUCGUUCAUCUAAAUCAAGGAUAUAUACGAUGCUGAUGCAUUUGGCUAUUGCCGAUCUUCUCGUAACGUUCCUGAUGAUGCCCUUGGAAAUUGGUUGGUCGAUAACCGUGUCAUGGAAGGCUAGCGAUGCUAUGUGUAGGAUUAUGGCAUUCUUUCGAGUAUUUGGACUUUAUCUUUCGUCAUUUAUUUUAGUCUGCAUUAGUAUGGACAGAUAUUAUGCAGUAAUCAAGCCUCUCCAAUUAUUACACGUAGAUAAACGAGGGAAAAUCAUGUUAACGAUAGCAUGGUUAGCUUCGAUAUUUUGUUCUAUGCCACAGAUGAUGGUAUUUCAUUUGGAAGCGCACCCGAAUAUUACAUGGUAUUCUCAAUGUAUUACGUUAAAUGUAUUCCCAACUUACACACACGAACUCACCUAUUCGUUGUUUGGAAUGCUUAUGAUGUAUUGUUUGCCAUUAGUUGUAAUUAUUUAUACAUAUACGAGUAUAUUGUUAGAAAUCUGUAGACGUUCGAAAGAAAGCGUAGAAGACAGGAUACGUCGUUCGUCUUUGGCAUUCUUUAGUCGUGCUAGGAUACGCACCUUAAAGAUGACUAUCAUUAUCGUUGCUGUUUUUUUCAUUUGUUGGACUCCGUACUACGUAAUGAGCCUAUGGUAUUGGAUCGACAAAACAUCCGCAAGAAAAGUCGAUCAGAGAAUUCAAAAAGGAUUGUUUUUCUUCGCAUGCACGAAUUCCUGUAUGAAUCCUAUCGUUUACGGUAUUUUUAAUAUAAGAGAUAGAAAGAAGAGCACAACGUCUCAAUGCAUAGCUUCCUUAACAAAUAAUCCUCCGAAAGAACGACAAAUAUCCUAUGAAAGAUCUACAGAUGGAUCGAUACCUAAAUCGAAAGAUCGAGUCGUCAAUCUUCAAUUAAAAACCAUCACUGGUAGUUCUAUUGGGUUGACUAAUAACUAGAUACAUAUGUAUGAAUCGAGAAAGGAUCAUCGAGUUUCGAAGAAAAUCAAAGUGAAUAUACGGACAACGUGAAGAUUUAUUGACCGAUCGAUCUUUUGAUAAGUGGUACUACUUCCCACACACACGCUUAACUGGUAUACACGUUUGUGUUAUGUGUCUACAUUUAACAAGGUGUACUAUCGUUCGAUAUAUACAAAAAAAAUUCUCGAUGGGAAAUUUCUGUGACUGGAUUUAAAAAAAUAUAUGAGCAUCUUAUCACGCUGAACGUUAUCAAAAUCUAGGAAAAGGAAAAACCAGAUAUUGUAAGAUGUCUGCAAUUCUGAUAUUAUUCAAUUGUUGUGAUUCACAUUUUUCUGUGUGUGUGUGCGUAUGUGCGUAUAUAUGUACGUAUAUAUAAAUAUACUUAUAUUAGACUUAUCGAGGAA